GACUCUGUUCCUUGUUCAUCGCACCUCUGCUCCCACUCACCACAGUUGUACCGUUGUACCCAUAAUGUCUCUCAUCACCACACCUGUUACUGAAUUGUUUGGUAUCAAACACCCCAUUAUUUUGGCGGGUAUGAAUGUGGCCGCUGGCCCAGAACUGGCAGCUGCUGUUACGAAUGCUGGAGGUCUCGGUGUUAUUGGUGGGCACGGAUAUACACCAAAAGUCCUCAGGCAGCAGAUUCAAGCCAUUAAGAAAGACUUGAAAGACCCAAAUGCACCAUUUGGAGUCGACCUUUUGAUCCCUGCAGUUGGCGGUUCUGCCAGGAAGACGAAUUAUGACUACCAGAAUGGGAAAUUAGGCGACCUAAUCGACAUUAUCAUCGAAGAGAAAGCCUCUCUUUUCGUCUGUGCAGUUGGAGUACCCCCACAGUUUGUAGUAGAUAAGCUGCACAAAGCUGGUAUCCCUAUCAUGAAUAUGGUUGGACACCCUAAACACGUCCCCAAAGCUCUGGAUGCUGGCGUUGACCUCAUUUGCGCUCAAGCAGGAGAAGGCGGAGGACACACGGGUGACACACCUGCUUCUGUUCUUAUACCUGCAUGUGUGGAUGCCGUCAAAGGUCACAAGUCUCCUUUGACUGGCAAACCUGUGUAUGUCGUCGGUGCUGGUGCGGUUUAUGACGGUCGUGGACUAGCCGCAAACUUGGCAUGGGGCGCGCAAGGAGUGUGGGUUGGAACGCGAUUUGUAGCCUCGGUCGAAGCUGGCGCUCCCAAAGCUCACAAGGAUGCACUAACAAGUGCUGGUUAUGAAGACGCUAUUACUACUGUUAUAUACACUGGCAGGCCACUGCGAGUCAGGAGAACUCCCUAUGUUGAAGAUUGGAACAACAACAGACAAGCGGAAAUCAAGGAACUCACGUCGCAAGGCAUCAUUCCAAACAACCACGAAAUGGAGAAGCAUCCCGAGAAGUCGUUGCAAGCUAGAACAUUUUUGAUAGGACGAGUAGCUGCCCUGAUCAAUGACGUGCUUCCUGCUCAACAAAUUGUUGACGAGAUGGUAGCAGAUGCAUCGAAGAUUCUCUUGCACGGAGCAUCGCUAGUUAAUGCAAAAGCGAAGCUAUGAUUUUUGCGCGUUCUUGUAGGUGCUAUUCGAAUGUAGACCUUGAGCAUCUCCUAUCGUUGCAUGUCCCCACAUUGUAUUAUCUAUCUCUUCUUAUUACACUAGCACUUGUCUGUGGAUUUGGUCAACGAUCGUAUACUACCGUGACAUGAUAAUUAUGAUGUCACAUUCAUGUCACGCGUGUGCACUAAUGAAUGAAUACUUCUGUUCGAGUUCACUCGACGCGACCGUCUUG